UGAAGGAGGCAGAGCACCCCGCGGACACACUCAGCUCACAACCUUCACACAAGCGAGUCCCUUUUUUUUAGUUCUUUCGCCCCCCGGCCGGAGAGCGGCUUGUUUCGGGCGGCUGGUGGUGCUGCUGGUUGUGGGGGGAGGAGGAGGAAGAGGAGGAGGAGGAGGAGGAGGAGGAGGAGGAGGGAUGGCGGCGGCUUCGACGGAUUCGGGACAAGGAUCCACCAAGAUCACCCCCGAGGCGUUACGCGAGAUGCUCCAGCGGUACAACCUGAGCCGCCAGGAGUUCAUCAACACGUACCAGAUCCAGCCGCUCGUCUACAUCCCCGAGCUGCCGUACAGCGCCAAGACCACCUUCGUCAUCAUGUACAUGCUCAUUUUCCUUCUGGCUCUGGCUGGAAAUAGUUUGGUUAUCUACAUAGUUUUGAAGAAACGCGCGAUCCAGACGGCCACCGAUAUCUUCAUCUGCUCCCUGGCGGUCAGCGACCUGCUCAUCACUUUCUUCUGCAUCCCCUUCACCUUGCUGCAAAACGUCUCGUCCGAGUGGUUCGGAGGGGUUUUGGUUUGCAAGGCAGUUCCCUUUGUGCAGACCACAGCCAUAGUGACCGGCAUCCUCACGAUGACCUGCAUUGCCGUUGAGAGAUACCAGGGCAUUGUCUUCCCGCUGAAGAUGAGGAGACAGUACUCGUCGAAAAGAGCAUACAAUAUGCUAGGGUUGGUGUGGAUCGCUUCAGUGAUAGUGGGGUCCCCAAUGCUGUUUGUGCAACAACUAGAGGUGAAGUACGACUUCUUGUACGAUCACCACCACGUGUGCUGCCAGGAGAGUUGGCGUUCUCUCACUCACAGGCAGGUGUACACCACCUUCAUCAUGGUGGCUCUUUUCCUGCUCCCGCUGGCAGCCAUGCUCUUCCUAUACACGCGCAUUGCCAUUGAGCUGUGGAUCCGCAAGAGGGUUGGCGACUCGUCAGUCCUCAACACCAUGAACCACAGGGAAAUCAGUAAGAUCUCCAGGAAAAAGAAGAGAGCCGUUAAAAUGAUGAUCACCAUUGUUCUGCUGUUCACCAUUUGCUGGGCCCCGUUCCACACCGUCCACAUGCUGUUUGAGUACCAUGACCUGGAAGUCAAAUACGACGGAGUCACGCUAAACAUGAUCAUCGCCAUCGUUCAGGCCAUCGGCUUCUUCAACAGCUUCAACAACCCGAUCGUGUACGCCUUCAUGAACGAGAACUUCAAGAAGAGCUGCGUCUCCACCCUCUCCCGCUGCCUGCAUAAGCCGAACCUGCAGCGCGGCGCGGUGGUGAUGCCGAAAGUGAGCGUGCAGUUCAUCAAGCCCCAGAGCAGAGAAGCCUUCCCGGAAUCAGCCGAGGGAGACGGAGCCAACCAGCACUCGGCAGAGAAAGGGCCUUCAAGUUCGCUGCAGGGAAAGAGCAUGAUGGAAAGGAACGGGGAGAAGAUCUCCACCAUCCAAACAGACCUCGCGGGAAAUAGCUCCUCUCAGGUCAAAUGAGGACCGCCUCAACGCGCCCCUGCUUUUUGGCUGUCAAUCAACAGCUGCGUCAGAUGUGAUUUUAAAACUCACAGUUGUGGUACAAAGAGUCAAAAGUUCUCUCUGUGCAGCCAGAGCCGUGCUGUUCAUUCCGGGCGAGGAGAACUGCCAGAUGGAAACGAGGGAAUACCGAAAAGCGGUAGUCUUGCUGCCCUCGGGGCAAUCGGGACCAGGUUUUAACACCAUUAAAUUUACCUGAAUUAAAUAAUCAAUUCUGUUCAGCGGUCUGUAAAAUCCUCUGGACACCGUGUUCGACUCCUUCCCAAAUGAAGCAGAAACUUCUGCCGAUGCUGUUAAGACGUGCUGAGAGCUCAUUGGAAAAGGACUCACCAGCAGGAGAGCCUUACGCCUUUUAAUUAAUUGCACUGUUAAAUAUGUUUAGAUCAGCAUGAAACUCAAUGCAGUUUGGUUUCAAUUCCACUUUAAUAAUGAUGCUUUUCAUCCUACAUAACAUUUGUAUUGCUUUUGAAAUCUUUUGGAGAUCAGUGAAAUAUAUAACCCACUUCACUGUAGGGGUCAAAACUCUUUAACCUUUGCAGUUAAACACCACAGCGCUUAGAGCCAUCCAAACAUCCAAGGAUUGUAUAGUUAAUUCAUUCCCAUGUUUGUCAGAUAUGAGAUCAAUUCAAUCACGACAAGAAUCAAAGCAUCGAUCACUAAAUAUAAAUAAACAGCUAUUUUACUCAAACAGGAAGGAGUUGUCACAUUAUACACACAAAGGACAAUGCUAGUUUUAAUGUGUGCGCUAUUUGUUGCUUUUAGAUAUUUUUGUAACCUCCUUAUCUAGAUGCAACUCCUGUGAACGUUAUUUUGGUCUCUUGAGUCAGUAACUCUUUGUGGAAUAUGUUAUAGUUCUGUAGAGUGGUCUAUCAAACAAUGGCAGUCAUCAUUGUACAUGUUGUGUUUUAUUGUCACUGGACUAGAAUGUCAUUGAGCUGCGUUGUCGGCUUGUGUUCCACGAUUACUUCUUAAAUAAAGUCAUACUCCUGCUGGUGUAUAAAAUUCUGGUAAAGUCUGGUAAAAUAACUUAGUCACUCAUUUCUUUGUUCAUAUGAAAUUUGUUGAAAACUGAGAAAAGCUCACUGGUCGCUAAACAUUAGCUCACUUGUUAGAACAAGUGUUUAUACCUAGUUGGUUUGAAAAGUCACUUCCAAAAUGUUCACACA